CCUUGGAAGAAAUAAAACUGAACCUACAAAAAAAAGUUCUAGUGACAAGGACCUAGAGUGUCUGCUAACUCACUGUAUCCGGGUGCCCAUGUUAGUCCUGGACCCUUCACUUCCUGCCAACACUACUCUAAAGGAUCUCCAAGCUUCACAACCUCAUUUCCACGCAGCCAAUAAAAUCUUUCAUGUUGCAAAGCCCAAGAACCCAUCUACAAAUGUUACUGUCAUUGUCUUUGAAACACAGCAGGAAGCUGAAAAUGCACAAGUAAAUGCUUUAUUUGAGAGCAGCAAAGAGGACCAUAUGGAGAGGGUAUAUGACAAGCGAUAAAGAAGCUCCAGGUUUAUCCUUAAUGCAAGACCUUGCUUUCCUAAUUGGAUUCCCAUCCUCCUACAAAGAAACAGAUCAGUUAAGAACAAAACUACCUGAAAAUUUAUCUUCAAAAAUUAAACUGCUGCAGUUGUAUUCUGAAGCUAGUGUAGCAUUGUUACAGUUGAAUAAUCCCAAGGAUUUUAACGAGUUAAAUAUACAAGCAAAGAAGAAUAUGACUAUAGAAGGAAAAGAGCUCACGUUAAGUCCAGCAUACUUGCUUUGGGAUCUUAGUGCGGUCAGUCAGCUUAAGCAGGAUGAAGAUAUCUCAGCCAGUCGCUUUGAAGAUAAUGAAGAACUACGGUACUCUCUAAGGUCAAUAGAGAAACAUGCACCAUGGGUGCGGCAUAUUUUUAUUGUGACCAAUGGUCAAAUCCCGUCUUGGCUGAACCUUGACAAUCCACGCAUCACUAUUGUGACACACGAAGAACUUUUUAUGAAUACUAGCCACCUGCCUACUUUCAGUUCCCCUGCUAUUGAAUGCCAUAUCCACCGUAUUCCAGGACUUUCUCAGAAAUUCAUCUAUAUGAAUGAUGAUGUCAUGUUUGGAACAAACGUCUGGCCAGAUGAUUUCUACAGCCAUUCUAAGGGGCAAAAGGUUUACUUGACCUGGCCUGUUCCAAACUGUGCAGAAGGAUGUCCUGGAUCUUGGAUUAAAGAUGGCUACUGUGAUAAAGCUUGUAAUAAUUCAGCCUGUGACUGGGAUGGGGGUGAUUGCCUUGGUAACUCAGCUGUGGGUCGCUUUGGCCCAGCGAUAGGAGGAGGAGCCUUGCAUGGACAGCCUUGGCAGGCCGGAAUAGGAAUCAGUGGUGUUUCAUACUGUAACCAGGGGUGUGCGAAUUCCUGGCUCGCCGAUAAAUUCUGUGAUCAAGCUUGUAAUGUGCUCAGCUGUGGUUUUGAUGCUGGAGACUGUGGCCAAGAUCAUUUUGGAGAGAUGUUCAAGAUAUACUUACAACUUAAUCAAACACGCUAUGCUGUGCCAAAAGGUGAAUACCUUCCUUACUUUAGCUUUGACAAUAUAGCCAAGAAAGUCCUUGAUGGCGCCUAUGAUGAUAAUCCAAUCAUACGCCAUGCUUCUAUAGCCAAUAAAUGGAAAACAAUCCACCUGAUCAUGUAUCCUGGAAUUAAUUCUACUGUUGUACGCUUCAACUUAACGUUUCAGAAUCAAAAUGACAAGGAAUUUAAAAUGCAGAUUUAUGUUGACGUUGAUACUUCUCAAGAUCGGAAACAAAAUACCACAACUACUGUGUCUGACGAAAAAAAUGUUUCAAUCACAACGCCUGCACCUGAAGCAGAAAUCCUGUUUGAGGAUAUCCCUGAGGAAAAACGAUUUCCAAAAUGCAAGAAACACUUAACUGUUGAGGAUCAUAUAAAUAUUAAUGUUCCGUCUGUAAAUGUAUCUCUUCUUCCAACUAAUGUACAACUUGCGCUCCAGACUCUCGAUUUAAAGCUGAGGAAUGGUGAUAUAACAUUAAAGGGAUACAAUUUGUCAAAGACCUCAUUGUUAGAACCUUAUUUUAUUGUAAAAUUACAAAGAAAUGUUGAUGACAAUAGUCAAGAUAAAAAAAGCUGGGUUCAGCAAUAUAAAAAUAUUAUGGUGGUUCCAUCAAACUACACAGGAGUAACUAAGCAAAUCAAUGAACUGCAGCAGAAAAAUAAAAUUGCAACAGAAAUCAAAGUUAACGUAAAUUCUCUUAAGUCCGAUUUUAAAUCAAAAAUAGCUGAAUUUAUAAAUGAAAACCAAAAAUUUGCAAAUAAUAAUGAAGUACCCAUAAACCAACUAAACAAACAAUUGCCAAAUGCUUUAAAGAGACCUGCUGAAAUCAACAAUGUCUUGACAAAAAGUAAGGACGAUAGUGUUGUUCCAGCAAGGAAACUACAAGAGUACCAUCCAACUUAUGAAGGAUUUUUUCCAUGGGAAAAAAGAAAGUUCUUUAAAGAUCUCUUGGAUGAGGAGGAUGAAUUGAUGAGUGAUCUCUCUUAUGCUACCAACGCUAGACAAGUUGGCAGGAAACUUCAGGACACAUUUGCAGACUCUCUUCGAUAUGUGAAUAAACUUCUGAAUAGUAAAUUUGGCUUUACAUCACGGAAAGUUCCUGCACACAUGCCACACAUGAUUGACCGCAUCAUUAUGCAGGGUCUUCAGGAUUUGUACCCGGCUGAGUUUGACAAGACAGCUGCUCAUAAAGUGCGCCACUCAGAGGACAUGCAGUUUGCUUUUUCUUUUUUCUACUAUCUCAUGAGUGCAAUAGAACCACUAAACAUCUCUAAAGUCUUUGAUGAAGUGGAUACUGAUGGCUCGGGCAUAUUAUCUGACCGGGAGAUCCGUACUCUGGCUACAAGAAUUCAUCAGUUGCCUUUAAGCUUACAGGAUCUCACUGGCUUGGAACAUAUGCUCAUUAACUGCUCAAAAACAAUUCAUUUUAACUCAACUCAAGAUAAUGUCCCAACAACCCAGGAAUCCUACUAUGAUCCAAACCUGCCUCCGGUCACAAAGCAGCUUGUGAUAAAUUGUAAACCUGUGACAGAUUUAAUCCGUAAAACUUACAAGGAUAAGAAUAAAUACAGAUUCGAAAUUAUGGGAGAAGAGGAUAUUGCAUUUAAAAUGAUCCGUACUAAUGUGUCUCAUGUGGUUGGACAACUAGAUGACAUAAGGAAAACUCCCAGGAAGUUUAUAUGUUUGAACGAUAACAUUAACCAUAAUCACAAGGACGCACAAACCGUUAAAGCAGUUCUGAGGGAUUUCUAUGAAUCAAUGUUCCCAAUACCUUCUCAGUUUGAGCUGCCAAGGGAAUAUCGGAACCGUUUUUUACACAUGCGGGAUUUGCAAGAUUGGAGGAGUUAUAGAGACAAGUUAAAAUUUUGGACUCACUGUGUCUUGGGAUCCUUGAUUGUAUUUACAGUUAUUUCAUUCUUUGCGGAACAGUUAAUUGCACUUAAAAGGACGAUUUUUCCAAGGAGACGUUUGCAAAUUGAAGUGAGUCCAGAAAGAAGUAAGGUGUAAAUGAAGAGUGACUGAAAAUUGCACUACCUCAGUAGUGAGGGGGAACAAAAACUCAAGAACCUUCACAAGUGUUACAAGAAAAGGACACACUUUGGAGCAUAUGGAAAACUGUGAAUAUGUGAUCUGAAAUAUUUGACACUUCUCCACUGGAUUCACUUCACAGUAUUAUCUUAUGAAGAUAAUAAUUGCAAGAAGCACAGCUACAUUUCAGUGUAACAUAUCUUUGCCAAUGGAAUGGAAUGUGGAACAACUAAAAGCUACGUACAUGGACAGCUAAUAGUAAUGUACUGUGCUAGUCCACAGCAUUCUGAGCUCUCAGAAAUAACAAAGCUUUUAUUUUGCUACCAUUAAAACUGCCAGCUCUGCCUGGCUUGAAACAGAAUGCUCCUUGUUCAGACCUUGCAACAUUUAAUUCUGAACAUCUAGUUUCAUCAUUUUGCAUCAGUUUGGAUUUUUUUUUUUUUUUUUUUUUUUACAGACAAGAAUAAUUUUUGCACUUUCAUUUUGUUUUGUUUUUUUGAAACCUUAAUGUAUUGUCUAGUUUUGUGACUAAAGACUGGAAUUUUUAUCAUGUUAACUCAAUUAAAAGUGCCUGCUAACCAAAGUGACGGAUUAUCAGAGGGGUAGGACUUGUUUUAUUAUUUAAUAAUAAUUACAUCAGUGCUUUAAUUUAUCUUAAAGCUACGGACAACGUUUCACCUUGAAGUUUAAUACUGUCCUAAUAAUGAUGAUCUUAUGCUUGUUUAAGACAAUCAAGUGUUUUGUCUAAGAUUUAGAUAUAGUUUAAGUGGCAGCUGAUUUAAAUGAUGCUGGUUCGUCAGUGUAAAUUGGUUUGGGGGUUUCCUUCCAUCUGCAUUUGUUAAAGGGACUUGUAACAUAAUUUUUUUCUACCAUGUAGGUGAAAGAACAGCAGUUAGCGAUAUUUUUUUUGUGUAAAAAAAAAAAAGGCUUUCAUUGAAGCUGAAACAGGAAGUACAUGGUUACAUAUAACUGAAUCCUGUGACUCUACUGCUCAUUGGCUCCCAGGGACAACCCCCAGAAGCAAAUAUUGGCUUAUUCAGAAUAGGAACAUCCGUUUUUCAUAAAACAAAGCUCUGUAAUACAUUUUUAAAACAUUCUCUUUUAGAUAGAAUAGUGACAUUUUUGAGUAUCAUGUCCCUUAAAGACACUUCUUACUUCCAUAUAAUAUCCAAAACAUUUUUUGUUUAAUUAGAACAAACUAUAGAUAGUGGCUAUUGAACAUGUAUGUUUUGUGUGUCAUGUACAAAGAGCAGGUGGAUGCUUAAAGGGACAGUCUACACCAUAGGCAUCUUAAAGGGACACUGAAACCAAUUUUUUUUUUCUUUCGUGAUUCAGAUUGAGCAUGAAAUUUUAAGCAACUUUCUAAUUUACUCCUAUUAUCAAAUUUUCUUCAUUCUCUUGGUAUCUUUAUUUGAAAUGCAAGAAUGUAAGUUUAGAUGCCGGCCCAUUUUUGGUAAACAACCUGGGUUGUCCUUGCUGAUUGGUGGAUAAAUUAAUUCACCAAUAAAAAAGUGGUGUCCAGAGUCUGAACCAAAAAAAAGCUUAGAUGCCUUCUUUUUCAAAUAAACAUAGCAAGAGAACAAAGAAAAAUAGGAGUCGAUUAGAAAUUUGCUUAAAAUUGCAUGCUCUAUCUGAAUUGCGAAAGAAACAAUUUGGGUUCAGUGUCCCUUUAAAGUCUUACUUUAGAUUAAGCUGCAAAUAUCCUCCUGCACCUUUUCUAUAUCAUGCAGCAGUAAUAGUUAAAAAGUUAUUUUAAAAUGACUAUUGUUUCUGGUCACUUUGAAAUCACGAUCUGGGCUGCAUUAAAGGCUUCACUAGUUACAAAAGACUCACUAAUUAGAUUCAACAGAAUGUCAAUGCUAUUCAGCAGAGUGCAUAGAUGCAGCCCAGAUUGUGAUGUCAUCAGUGGGCGGAGAUAGGCAGCCAUUUCAAAGUGACCAGAAACGAUAGUCAUUUUAAAAUAACUUUUUUUACUGUUACUGCUGCAUGAUAUAGAAAGGAUGCAGUUGGAUAUUUGCAGCUUAAUCUAAAGUAAGACUUUAAGAUGACUAAGGUGUAGACUGUCCCUUUAAUAGAUGACCACAUUUUCAAAGGUGUUUAAUAUAUGUAAUAAGGGUAUGAUUAUGGUAAAGGUUUUAUUAUAUCUGGCAUUUUUCCAAUGUUAAAAAAAAUAAAUAUCAAUGGGAUAAAAAAGAAA